AUGCCAGAGACACUCACACUCUAUUCAUCCGAGAUCUGCCCGUUUGCCCAACGGACGGUGAUCGCCCUACAGGAGGCAAAGGCCGAUUAUACUUUAUACGAGAUCGAUUUGGCGAAUAAACCUGAUUGGUAUGCGCCCAAGGUCAAUCCGGCCAGCAAGGUCCCCGCUAUCGCCUAUGGAGGGCCCAAAGUUGACCCAGCGAAUCCAUCUCCUGAAUCCAUCAAGCUUGCGGAAUCGCUCGUUCUCCUCGAGUUCAUCGCUGACUUAUACCCAAACUCUGGUCUGCUAUCCACCAACCCAGUCGAGCGUGCACAAGCAAGGUUUAUAAUUGAUCUCUUCAGUACUAAAGCAUUACCGGCCUUCUUCGCGGUGACGUGGAAAGGCGAAUCCCCGGAUGGGUUAUACAGUGCCCUGCUCGCGUUCCAAGAGCAACUCGAACUACAUGCCAAGCCAUUCCUAGGAGGAGACAAACUUAACAUUGCAGAUGUGGCCGUCGCUCCAUUCUUAGCUAGACUCGAUUCUCAUCUGAGAAAUGAUGUUGGAGGCUUUGAAACAGGCGUGGGAUCAAAGAUAUACGACGAGAUCUUCAAGAGCGAACGCUUUAAUACUCUGUCAAAGUAUGCGCAAGCGCUGUUAGCGAGGGAAACAGUGAAGAAGAGCUUCCCGGAAGACAAGUAUCUUGAAAGGAUCAAAGCGCGUGUGCAAGAGGCUCUCAAAGAAAAGUCGAGCACUUAA